UUUUUGGAAAUAAUAUGCACAGGAAUCUUUCAGUUGACGAGAUCAGAAAAAUACUUGCCCCUGGAAAGGACAAAGAGAUGGCUGAAGGCAUCAUGCCUCAAUUUGACUGUCCUCCACCUCAUUAUGAUGAGGUGCCAACUGAAGAGAAAGGGUGGAACUACUUUGCAAAGUGAGUUAUUGGCUGAAAAAGGACUGGCAUUAAGCAUGCCACACACUGGAAGCAAAAGGAAAUUCAGUGGAAGCGGCAAGAGUUUUUAGGAAUUAUUCCCUCAACAGGAUUUCAGAUAAAAUAAACAGAAAACUAAAAGACAAACUGUCAAUCUUGACUUUGACUUAGACCGAAGGAGCAAAGCCAAGAGAGAAAGUUUUAUUGUUGGCAGGAAGCAUGCAUUUAGCAUCAAGGACAAGAGAACUUCUAGCAGGACAAAAAUUAACGAUUUUGAAUUGAAAAGAGAUAGUAGUGCUGAUUUUAACUCUCAUAGUCCUUCAUCAAAACGGACUGAGAGUAAAAGCCAGUUCUUGAAGGCAGCCAACGAGAAGAGAAACUCUGUCAAGAAGGAUCAUCUUGACUCCCGCAGAUUGCUAAUGCGCAAAAGAAAAAGGCAAAAAUCUCAGAUGUCGAAAAGGUUAAAACGCUCGUUGUUGAGGAUGAGUUCUCAGAGACAAUUUCCUUAUAAGAAUACCAAAAAGAGCCAAAUUUUAAUUAAGAGAAAUAAAUGAAAAUAUUUGAUCAAAUCUGCUCUCAAAAGGAGCAGGUAUAGCUGUAAGAGUAGGAAGAGGAGCAAUGAGGCGUCAAAUUGUCUUGCACUACAAAAUCCAUAUCAGAACUUGCAGGUUAAGGACCAGAUAAGCGCCAAGAAAACCACUCCUAAGAAUUUUCCAAUAAAAUUGCCAAAUAGAGAAGAUAAGAAUACUACCUUGAAAAAGCAACUUCUAGCAAAGACCCCUGGGCUCCCAUCACAUCGGUCUAUUUCUUCGAUACAAAUAGUUAAGGAGAAGCACAGAAAAGUGAUAGAAAUUUCAAAUAAUGUAUCCAAUAUCAGAAGUAGAAUCCACAACUUAAAAACUCCAAAAAUGAAGAAGACAAACUUCACUUUCAAGCAAGAGCCUGAAAUCACCAGUUUCAAGCAUAAGAUAAGACUUAAAGAGAUCGAAGACCACAUUGAAACCAUCGUUCAGAAACAUAAAUAGCCUAAAAAU